CUGGGUUAAUGAUUAAAGAAGAUGAAGCAUCAUACAUUAGGUUAUUGGAAAAUUUUUUGAAAGCUAUGGGAAGUGAACCAUAUUACAUUAUCACUAACCAAGAUCCUGCUAUGAAGAAUGCAGUUCAGGCGACUUUUAAACAGGCAAGACAUCGUCUGUGCAUGUGGCAUAUCAUGGAAAAGGUAAAUGUAGAGGUUCCUACAUUAGCCAAGGAUAAUAACUUCAUGAAGAGGCAAAAUGAAAUGGUGUGGGAUAUUUACAUGAAUCCCGAGGAAUUUGAAGAAAAAUGGGGAAAAUUGAUGAAUGAUUUUGCAUUAACAGAGAAUCAGUGGUUUACCACACUAUUUCAUAUUAGAAAUUCAUGGAUCCCUGCAUACUUUAAGGAUAGUGCGCACGCGGAGGCUGAACGGGCCUAUGAUCUGGACCCUACUCCGGAGAAUAGGACUGCGAUGCACCGCUGCCAUGCCGAGUACCAGCUCCAACUCCUUAUGGAGGAGGAUUUCUGGAAGCAGAAGGCGGCCGUUCGCUGGGUGGCAGAGGGCGAGCGGAACACUAGGUUUUUCCAGGGCUUCGUUAGGCAGAAGCGUGCUAAGUCGUACAUCCAUAGUAUUGAGGCUGAUGGGUCAUCCCUGACCCAGGAGUCUCAGAUUCGGGAUUUGGCUGUUGAUCACUUCCAGGCCCUCUUCACCGCUGAUAGAGGGUCCCUCAUUGCCCCGACCAUCACCUUAUUUCCUACCAUCCCUCCUUUGAUCGACAUUGUCGACCUCUGUGAGCUCCCGAGCAGGGAGGAGGUUAGGGAUGCUGUUUUCGGGAUUGAUCCCAACAGUGUUUCUGGCCCCGAUGGUUUCUCCUCCCUCUUCUAUCAGGUCUGCUGGGAUAUUAUUCAGCCUGAUGUCGAGGAGGCUGUGUUGGAUUUCUUCGCCGGUCACCGGAUGCCGGAUUCCUUCACGGCUACCUCUGUCGUCUUGAUUCCCAAAAGACCCAAUCCGAGCUCUUG